AUGACGCGUGGCUAUGUCAUACUGGCAGCGUUACUCGCACCGGCUUACGCCGCAGUUCUGCCGCUGCAACGCCAAGCCGCGAUCUCUUCGUUUUCUAGCAUUGUAGUAUUCGGUGACUCGUUCAGCGAUAACGGAAACGGUUCAGCUCGAGUGUCGAAUAAUACUUGGCCUACAGACAAAUACUACAACGGCCGUUUUUCAAAUGGCAUAGUCUGGGCGGAGUACGUAGCAGCCAACCUCUCGUUACCACUCUACGACUACGCGGUUGGAGGUGCUACUACUUCGAACGAUCUCGUUCAAGGUUACACCGGAGCAGAUGGAACUAUCGCAGUGCCUUCCGUUGUUGAUCAAGUCGUCUCGUUCUUGGGAAAGGCAUCUCCCCGAGGGGAAGCCUUCACGGCGUCCGAUACGAUGGCAUUGACGACGCCAUUAUUUGUUCUGUUUGCUGGUGCCAACGACAUCCUGUUUAACGCCAACAUCAGUGCUUCGCAGUCGUAUCAAAUUCUUCACCGAGCAGGAGCAGAAUUGCGCGACGCGAACCCUAAUGCCAAAGUCUUGACUCUAUCGCCACCAGACAUCUCCAGACUCCCCUACGGUUUCUAUCUGGAAGACGAUUUGGCGAGGAUCCAGUUGCGAAGUUUCGCCGAUCAGCUGGGAGAACUACUCGACAGCUCAAAGACGGGAGCUAUCAACGUUGAUCUUCGGCCGCUCUUUGACGACUUCGAGUACUAUGCCUCGCCUCGGGCAUACGGAUUCGAGCCGCUGGGAAAGUAUGGAAGUUGCCUCGAAGGUGCAUAUGGCGAGACGCCUAAUGUGACGAUCUGCGGAGACGCAAAUAGGCGGGUAUACUGGGACGAAUACCAUCCUACAACUCAUACACACUCGUGGAUUGCCGAGGAGGUUCUGGACGUUCUUAGAGGCCCGUUUUGA